ACACACACACAAAACAUAGGCGACUAUAAGACCCAGUGGAAGCCGCGAGCACCGCGACAUGACAACUGCCUAAACACUGACAGUACGUAUUCACGUCCACUCAGUCGCACCUCAGGAACACACAGUACGGAUCCCGUGACAGUGAACUGAAGCGCUAGAGAUGCUGAAAGUGACUGUGGCCGCCUCUCGCGCCGCUCCUGAAUACUGGAUCGACGGAUCCAAGAAAGAGACGCUGGCCGACUUCUAUGAGCUCGAGUCUGAACUGGGACGGGGAGCCACAUCAGUGGUGUUCAGAUGCCACCAGAAAGGCACCCAGAAGCAAUAUGCUGUGAAGAUGCUGAAGAAAACAGUUGACAAGAAGAUUGUACGAACGGAGAUAGGUGUAUUACUGCGCCUCUCUCAUCCAAAUAUAAUCAAACUGAAGGAGAUCUUCGAGACCCCUGUGGAGAUUAGCCUCGUGUUAGAACUUGUUACUGGCGGAGAAUUAUUUGACAGGGUGGUAGAGAAAGGCUAUUACAGCGAACGAGAUGCGGCUGAUGCUGUUAAACAAGUGCUUGAGGCAGUUGCGUACCUGCAUGAGAAUGGCAUAGUGCACAGAGACCUGAAACCUGAGAACCUCCUCUAUGCCACCUCAGCGCCAGAUGCUCCGCUCAAAAUAGCUGAUUUUGGUUUGUCAAAAAUAAUGGAUGAUCAGGUAACAAUGAAGACCGUGUGCGGGACUCCAGGCUAUUGUGCUCCUGAGAUUUUGCAGGGAUGUGCCUAUGGCCCUGAGGUUGACAUGUGGUCUGUGGGAGUUAUCACGUACAUUUUGUUAUGUGGUUUUGAGCCCUUUUUUGAUGACAGAGGAGACCAGUACAUGUUUAAACGCAUCUUGAACUGUGAAUAUGAAUUUGUCUCCCCCUGGUGGGAUAAUGUGUCACUCAACGCCAAGGACCUGGUGAAGAAACUUAUUGUCCAGGAUCCAAAGAAACGGCUGACGACACAACAGGCCCUGCAGCACCCCUGGGUCACUGGAAAGGCUGUUAACUUCACUCAUAUGGACACAGCACAGAAGAAACUCCAGGAGUUCAAUGCUCGAAGAAAGCUCAAGGCGGCGGUCAAAGCGGUGGUGGCCUCAACUCGACUGGGCAGUGCAGGAAGCCACGGCAACACAGACAACAACAAAACCGACUGCAGCCACUCCAUCCAGCAGAAGACAGCAGAAGAUCAGCCGGACUCUGAACAGCCUCAAAUUCAGAAUGAAGCCUCUUAGACUUCCACACUGGAACUGGAAUUAGAACUGGAACUACUUCCCUUCGUGAAAGGAACAUGUUGAUUUUGCCGUGGGCCUCAUAAAGGACUGAACUGAAGUCUGCAUGCAGACUGUUUGUCUGUAGAAAAGUCCCACCUUGUGACUCAGCCAAUUGCCAUACCAUGCCAACGUUCGAUAAGCAGCCUACUUAACUUUGGAUUUUUGUACAGUGAAAGAGCAUGUUCAUCCAUUGUGGGUGGCAAUGAAAAGAACCGAAUGUCUUCAUAUUAUGUGAUCAUUACAUCUACAGUGGCGUCAAAAAGUCUGAGGCAUAUGUUUCAUCUAAACCUGGUUAUAAACAAUGUUUUAGGAUUUUGAAAAUGUAAAAAAAAAAAAAAAAAAAUUAUGGAACAUCCUCAAAUCAUGCAAAUCACAAUCCACAAAUCAAAUACUAAGAAGUUCUGAAAUUCUUGGAAAUGUUUUCAAAUAACUCAUCACUCAAAUUGUUAUUAUUAUAAUUUAUAAUGAUUCUUUUAUAGUACAUUUUAUAUACUAUACUAUAGUGUACUAUAUAGUAUGGUAUAUUAAAUUAGAAAAUGCCAAAUAGAAACAUUUUCACUAGUGUUCUCAGACUUUUGGAACGCAUCUGCUUUUUUCAAAUCUAUAUUUAUUUUAUCAUGCUCUUGAUUAAAUCGGCAAGUUAUCAUUAAGGUGAAGUACUCUAUGGAUAUAAGCUCUUUAGUUGUAUAAAUUAAAUUUUUGCUGCUUUUUAUUGAAAUUAUUUUAUUUGUUCAUGUUUUUAUGUAAUAUUUACAGUUAAACAAACAGAAUUUCCAUGUGGAUAUUGAUUAUAACCUUUACAUGAACUUUAACUGAGAAUGCCUUAUCAUAUACCAUGUUUUUAUACUUAAAUUAUUAUUAAUACUAUAAUUAUUUCAUAUUUUAGGAACACUAUUAGACAAUGUGUUUUAAACUUAGAAAACAACACUGGGGUAUUUAGGACAUAUUGUUUAAAUAGAGAAAUGGUGAUUUCCACUUUACUUUAGUCUAAAUCAAUGUUCAGCCUGGGAUAACUAGCCUAUCUAGCACAAAAACUUGCAAAGAAAUAACUUCCCUUGUGCCAAAAUAAUUUUGUCUCAAUAUAUUUCACUUGGAGUUUCCCCUUAAAGCUGAAGUAUGUAACUUUUUGUGUGUUAAAAUACAUUCUUCAAUCCCAAUUUAAUAUACUAUAAGUACUUACUAUAAGUAAGCCAUUUAAAGGUUAAUUUUCUCCAAAACUGUAAACACUGUGUCACUGUGGAGCUAUAAAUCCUGUUUAAAAUCCUGUGUAUAAAUCCUGAGCUAUAAAUCCUGUAAAAUCCUGUUUGUUUUGAGCGACCCGAUUAGACCCACCCCCAGGAAUGUUACUCAACCAGUGGUGCGAGUUGGGGGUGGGUCUAUCUGACUGUUUGAACAACAGCAGACGACGGGCGUAUUCGGAAAGCUGUUUUGAAAACAUUGUUUAUUUUUGCAAUUACAUUCAGUGGCAAUUAUGUCGCAGAAACUUCAGCUUUAAAAUAUUAAACAGCUAUCAGGUAAUCUAAAUGACUUAUAAACUGGCAAGAACUCAUCUCAAAAGUCUUUUCCAACAAGUCUGUGAUUUAAAACACACAUACACAAGGUGUUUUGGUCCUAUUCGAUAUUCUUUAUAGCAUGCUUGUAUGGAAUGCUGUUUGAUAAUUUAAUAAUCAUAUGUAAGGAAUGUAAUAUGGAUGUACAGGGGUUCAUGUUUUGCAUGUAGGAAUGUUUAUCUUAACUGCUGCAAUUGUCUUUUUAAAAUGCACUGUAUUUUACUGAUAAGAACUGCUGUCUAUUUAACAGUAUGAUACUGGAGGCCAUUUGACGGUCACUUUGUACAUGACACUAGUGUGUCAACUUUGUUUAAAUGCCUGUUUCUAUGUCUAAGACAAAAGCACUGUAUAUUACUUGCUGAAAUAAAGAAUGCAAAAUAAUCUAGA